AUGAUGCGAAUGAAUUUUAGCGAGCGUCGCAGCCCUACGCCCGUUGUUUUCCCCAUCACAUAUACACCGGUCACAAAACAUGUCAGCAAGGCAAAGAAGGGUAAACGGGUACAUGCUUGCGACUACCCUGGCUGCAGCAAGGUUAGUAUACUCUCGAUCUCUCUAUCGGCUCACACUCACUCUCCUUCCAAGACCCUGACUCGAGCUGAGCAUCUCAGGCGCCACAAAAUAACGCAUAAUCAGCAGUCUCCAUAUCCGAGGCGAAGUACAAAAGAUGUCAAUCAAUCUACCUCAUCCAAGAGCCUCACCCAUGGGCUAUCCAUGGUGGACCAACUUGGCCCCCGAGCAGAGCGACCUCCGCACACUAAACGCUCCCACAACCCUGCUAUCACUGGCUUCAAUAACUCAGGUGGCGCCUACAAGCUGCCCCCGAUAGCAGCUUUUAAGCCGCCAACCAGACCCGUUACCCCUCUGAGCGUACAGUCGGGCUUUGUUAAAAACGUCUCGUCUCAACCGAGCGGACACCUAUCAAUCCGACGCCGGCUCACAUUCGACAGCCACGUUCCCAUCGUAUCCGAUCCCGGCUCUUUGCCCUCCCCUCUAUCGGACACAACACUCUCUCUGCCUUCAUCCCGAAGCUGUUCACCUUUCACCAACUGGCCCUCCAAAGAGAUCAUCACGGACAAUAUCACAUAG